AUGUCAUCCCCAGCCAGCUCCUCCAGCGCAUUCCAAUUCCCGCAGCCAGCUGCGGAACCCAACUCCGCUAGCCCCUCCACGCAAGAUGACACCCGAGGGCCCCACGACGAGCAGGGCCCCGCUUCCGAGUCGGCUUCUCUCCAUACGCAGGCGACCGGGGCAUCCCAGACCGUUGAUCCACCCAGGAGACGCCUCUGGGUCCCAGCCAGCGCGAUGGACGAGUUGCUUGAGUGGAAAGAGCAGCUGGAGACCAAUGCUCCCUCGAUGAGGAACACGAUGGACGCGGUCGAUACGAAAGCCUAUCGGGAGGGCUGGGCGGAGGCGAAAAGGACAAUGUUGACGAAGACUCGAGAGGCGUCCAAAGCGUGGGGAGAGACCCUGACUGCCUGGAGCCUGGCCAACGAGGGGACCGAGGCAAUGAUGGACCUGUUUCGGAAUGUGGGAGAGUUGCACAAGUAUCGUGAACGCAUGGAGUGUGCGAGUGAAGAACAAGGUCAGGAGGGAGACGAUGCCCUCGCCGCUUUCGUCGCCUUGCACGAUCAGUUGCAUUGGAGUGUGCCGGCGGAUCAGUCAUUGGAGUCAAAGACCGCGGCGACAGACGCUGCGUGCGCCCUACAAGAGGAGAUCAAAGAGAACAUGAUCCGCAGGAGGUUGGCGGAUGCUGACGCGAGGUACGCGGAAAGGGAGCGCCGAGCUUUGACUCUCCGGCGUGACCGAGAUGCCUCAAGAAUGAAGGGAAGCGGGUGCACGAUCUUCUCGUCGAAGGCUCUGUGGGGCGGACUCGCGGCGGCAUUGUCAGUGGCGUACCUGGUCUCCAGGGCGGAGGACAAGAGGAAGGAAUGGGCCUGGUGA